AUGAAAGCUCAUAUCGUUUGGCUCAGUACCCUCUUCUCUCUUCUCUUGUUUGCUGAUAGCAUAGAAGCUGCAAGAAAGGAUCCUGGAGAAUAUUGGGUUAGUGUAAUGAAAGAUCAGCCAAUGCCAGAAGCACUUCAAGGCCUUCUUCCUUUGGAUUCAUCCCCAUCUCAACCUAACAAGAAUGCCAAUUGCCACACUUCUAUGGGGGCAAGAAACAAGGACCAAGUACUUGUUGAAUAUUUCGAGCUUGAAAAUGGGAAGCCUUUCGUGAAGAAUUUCAAACCGAGACCCAAUUUAGUAGAGUACUUUUCUAAAGAUGAUGUUGGUCGUGAAACAGAAAAGAAAUAUGUUCGAGAUUUUGAACCAAGACCCAAUUUAGUAGAGUACUUUUCCAAAGAUGAUCUUGGUCGUGAAACGGAAAAGAAAUAUGUUUGGAAUUUUGAACCAAGACCCAAUUUAGUAGAGUACUUUUCUCAGAUGAUGUUGGUCGUGAAACAAAAAAGAAACAUGUUCGGGAUUUUGAACUAA